AUGAAGUCCGGAAGUGCUCGAUAUCCAUACAUCGGCGAGAGGUUCGGUGCAACUGGAUACGAUCGGCAGAUUAAGAAGCGAGCAGCGGUGUUCCUCAUUCGAAAACCGCUACAAGGUGAUCUCUAUAAAAAUAUUGAAAACCUCAAGCUGGAAAUGGCUUGUGUGAAAGCGGAGCGAUUCCAUGAGGAUGAUAAUUCCGGCGAAGAGGGAAAGGGUAGCAUGAGCAAUGGAGAUAAUGGAGAGAAAGAACACAAUAGCUCAGAAUCCCAGCCCGGCAGUGCUGCGAGGCCAGCAUUAUGUACAAGUUUGGUGUCUGCAGUAGCUCUGAUAUGGGUAUCUCUGCUGGUGUAA